GGGGGCUCGGCUGAAGUUACCACAACAGGAAGCGUCGCUGUGCUAAAAACAUUGGAGUAGAAAAGUGCAACAAAACGCUGUCGAACACGAAGCUGCGGGAAUGUUUCCUUUUAAGAAAAUGUGUUGAUUUGUGAAAUUAUAUUUUUAUAAUCCACAACUUGUCUUCAUUUGAUCUUCAUCCAUCUUGAGAACUCUGGAAUUUGCGUCACUAGCAGACCUCGAUAGAUAGCUUGUGUUGACCAAAAUGGAUGACAGCAAGAUGGUGGGAGGCAAAGUCAAGAAACCCGGUAAACGAGGCCGUAAACCCGCUAAGAUUGAUCUGAAAGCGAAGUUGGAGAGGAGUCGGCAGAGCGCCCGGGAGUGCCGAGCCAGGAAGAAGCUCCGGUAUCAGUACCUAGAGGAACUCGUGUCCAGCAAGGAGAGGGCCAUCUGCGCCCUGAGGGAGGAGCUGGAGAUGUACAAGCAGUGGUGUACAGCCAUGGACCAGGGCAAGAUCCCGUCUGAGAUAAAGGCCCUGCUGACGGGAGACGAACAGAAGCCUCCUCAGAGCUCCUCCACCAAGAGCUUGAAGAACAGCAACCAGAGCUAAUGUGUUAGGAGUGCCAGACCAGAACUAGUCUGACUGUCAGUUUUGUUAGAGGUGUGCAGACCUGGGUUAUAUUCAUUAGGGAAAUGAUAUCAAACGUUGUGCAACGGAAAACAGGGUGUUCGUAUAAUACCUACCCCCUUUUUUUGGUCCUGUUUGCUUCCGUUUUGUUGCCCUAGUGAAUACGACCCGGAGCGAGUCUGUCUGUUGAAAGGUUCCAGACCAGAGCUAGGCAGUAGGUACUCAGUCUGUCAUGCCAGACCGCUCCACUGGAUAAGGCCUCUGUGACGGAGAGUGAAGUCUCACCGGUCUGUUUCAGCCCCCCUCCUCCUCCUCCUCCAGAGGAGACGCACAGCAACAGAAGUGUCAGAGUGACAUAUCAUUACUAAAGCUGGGGGACCUUCAGAGUAAUAGCUCAUAUUAUUUACAGUUGUAAUCCACCUUAGUGGUCUGAUUUUUAUCAUGUGUGGUUCACUAUUGCAACACUCUGGUUUCGUUAAUGUUAGUAAUGUCAAAUAUGUUAUUAGUUAGACUGCCUGUAUUUAGUUACAGCUAUAGACACUGUCAGACAGCCUGUUUUAUUGCACAUUUUAAUUUCCUCGUCUUAAUGUUUUAGCUUCUAUAUGUGAGAAUUGAGGAAGCAUUUACUGGUACACGGAUGAAACCAAGACAGAAGAAGUGAAAGGGUUUAAGGCUGUGCAUUCAAUCCCACCUGGACUAGACGUUCAGCCAAAACAAAGCACAUAUUCACCUUCAAAUAAGGAAUUACUCUUUGACCUUUUAUUGCUUAUUAUGACUCUAUUUGGAAAGGAGUAAAAACUAUGGCAAUAUCCCAAAUGGCACUCUAUUCCCUAAACAGGGCCCUGGUUUAAAGUAGUGCACUAUAUAGGGAAUAGGUUCCCAUAGGGCCCUGGUCUAAAAGUAGUGCACUAUAUAGGGAAUAGGUUCCCAUAGGGCCCUGGUCUAAAAGUAGUGCACUAUAUAGGGAAUAGGUUCCCAUAGGGCCCUGGUCUAAAAGUAGUGCACUAUAUAGGGAAUAGGUUCCCAUAGGGCCCUGGUCUAAAGUAGUGCACUACAUAGGGUAGAGGUUCCCAUAGGGCCCUGGUCUAAAAGUAGUGCACUAUAUAGGGAAUAGAGCCCUGGUCUAAAGUAGUGCACUACAUAGGGAAUAGGUUCCCAUAGGGCCCUGGUCUAAAGUAGUGCACUACAUAGGGUAUAGGUUCCCAUAGGGCCCUGGUCUAAAGUAGUGCACUACAUAGGGAACAGGGCACCAUUGGGGACAUAGAUCUGGUCAUAGCAGAAAAGGAAAACUAACAUGUAUCUGCAGAGACGAUGAUGUAAUGACAUACAUCACUGUAUGUUGGAGUUCGUUUUUAUUUAUAUAUUUUUAUUGGAUCACAGAAAGCCCUUUUUCCCCGGUUCUGUAGUGUGAUGUUGUAGAACGUAUAGAAGGUCUGACAGGCAGAGAAGCUAUUUGCAAUUUUGUAGAGAUAAACAAGAGACUUGAACGUGUGAAAGGCCAGAAUGGGGCCACGUCCUCACCAGAACAGUUCUGUCGAAGCAUUGCUCAUCCUAUGUUGUGUUUCAGUAACGUUACGUUGUAUCGUGUGGUAUCUAAUCGAGGUCUAGACUACUCACGCUCUCUCGCCAUAAUGCAACCAAAAUAUAGUAGCUUGUUUUGGUUUACAAAUUAUGAUUCUAUUGUCUUAAGGUAAUUAAAUAAAAAAAGGACUCAUUAAUAGACAUU